AGGAAAACUCCCAUCUUUUCCCAACAAGCUAGAGAGAGACCCAGGAGCAGCUGAGAGGGGCAGCGUGAAAGGAAACCCUGGAUUAUUAUUCAGUCUUCUAAAUAUAUGUUUUAAAGGGACAGCUCCCUGUUUCCCUCCGGCUCCCACCUUGGCGUGGGUCGGGUUUACGAGGUGAGGAAGCCGGGGGGAGGGUGGGUUUUCUCACCAGGCCUGGCCCGCAGAGUGAAAGGUGGAAGGGGUGAGAGAGAAGAGACGCAGCCUGAGACGUGAGCAAAGAAAGGAACCAGUUAAGAGUGGAACAAGCUAUUCACCCUGCAGAGCUUUUAAACCCAUUUAUAAUAUUAUUCUCCUGUCAGUUCUAGAAAACUCCUCAGCGCAGUGAUCAGCAGUUACAGGGGGCAUUGAAUCUCUACUUAUGGAGUAGGAGACCAUUCAUUGACUCCUCUACCAAAACUGCAUGCAACAAACUCAUCUGCAGAAAACGGUGUCACUGUUCCGUUCUAGCUCAAUGGAAAUAUUUGCUACGUUCCUCUCUUCAAUUUCCUCUCACUUCUUGAUCUCCAGUGCGGUACAGGGUAACAGCACAUUGCAGAAAAGGAAGCUUUUCUCAGUUUGUGACAACAUGUGGAAAUAUCCACAAAAGAAAUUUGGGGUUUUGGAUAUGGAUUGGAAGCAAAAAGAGACAUAAUGUUGCUUGUAACUGGGUAACUCUGGUGAUGGAUGGAACUACUCCACAAUUUGAAGAACUUCUUACAUUUAUUAGUUAAUUUUCUUUGGUUACCUAAUGGCUUUGUCCUUUAUGUUUAAUGUGGGGAAUCAUGGCAUACAGGAAGAUUUUGAUUUGGCCGUGAACUGAACAGUAUUCACCAAAUGCAAUUUGUACAGUUUUCAGAACUGUACAGAAUUGGUCCUUUCGUCAUCAUGAUUACAUAUGGCAUGCAACUAUCUACUUCCUUUUGAUAACUUGGAAGAAUUACAAUAAAAAAUGAAUGGUGGGAAUGUGUGUGAUGGAGGCGAUAUCGAUGGGAUUCUACCAGCAGUACAAGUUCCAAUUGGUUGGCAUCGGCAAGUUGAUCAGAAUGGUGUCCUUUACAUUAGCCCUAGUGGUUCCCAGCUGUCAAGCUUGGAACAGGUUAAAGCAUAUCUCCUUGCUGAUGGAACUUGCAAGUGUGGAUUGGAAUGUCCACUUAUUCUUCCGAAGGUAUUUAACUUUGAUCUUGGAGUCGUAGUGAAACAAAGAACAGCUGAAGAUGUUAAAGCUGAUGAAGAUGUGACAAAACUGUGCAUUCACAAGCGAAAGAUCAUUGCUGUAGCUACACUACAUAAAAGUAUGGAAACACCACAUCCAUCUCUAGUUUUAACAAGCCCUGGAGGUGGAACAAAUUCCACUCCUGUGGUUCCUACACGUGCUGCAACUCCAAGAUUGACUCGGAAUAAACCACUGGACGGAACAGCAAAUUCUUUGCUGUCAGAAUGUAAAAACCCCUUUAAACUUAAGAUGAAAGAGCAUGUUAGUAGUCAGCAACAUGAACAUCAUUCUGUCUAUCCAAGACAGAGGUUAGGUAGUAGUGAGCAUGGACAGAAGUCUCCAUUCCGGAUGGCUCAUGGUGCAAUGCCAAGUCCAGCUUCAUCUGGAUCACAAAUUUUUGGAGAUGGAUCUAUUUCGCCUAGAACAGACCCACUUGGAAGUCCUGAUACAUUUGCAAGAAACAAUCCUAACUUCCAUGCCCUAUCAAACUCUAGCCCUAUUCCUGUUAACAGAACUCCAGUGUCUCCUCAUUCUUUAUUGUUGCAUGGUUCACCAGUGCAGCCAUCUUGUGCAAUUUCUGGAAGGACUAACAUACCUCUUUCCCCUCCAGUAUUAAAGAAAGCCCUUUGUAACUAUCCAUCCAACAUGGAUGUCUCACGGGCAAUGUUUCAUCAUAAACCCACACAAGGCCCUCCACCUCUGCCACCCCCACCACCUUGUUCCCUUCAGAAAAAGCCAUUAACAUCUACAGAGAAGGAUCCACUUGGUAUUCUUGAUCCCAUUCCCAGUAAACCAGUUAACCACAAUCUAAUGCUCAUCAGCAACCCUGCAUUUCAUUCAAAUGUUCACUCUCAGGUACCUGUGAUGAAUGUAAACAUGCCCCCUGCUGUUGUUCCUUUGCCAAGCAAUCUUCCUUUGCCAACUGUUAAACCUGGUCAUAUGAACCAUGGUAAUCAUGUUCAGAAAAUUCAACAUUCAGCCUCCACAUCCUUAUCACCUUCACCAGUAACAUCACCAGUUCAUCUAAUUGGCCCUGGAAUUGGAAGAGUAGAUGCAUCGCCCCAAAGAUCACGUUCAUCCUCCACAUCAUCUGACCAUGGAAAUUUCAUGAUGCCUCCAUUAGGUACACAGUCUAAUUGUGGUGGUAUAAAAGUUCCACCAAGAUCACCAAGAUCUACUAUGGGAUCUCCAAGAUCAUCAAUGCCACCCAGCCCUUCUUCAAAAGCAGAUGGAAGUAAUCAAUUCAAAGAUAUACAUAAUACAUUGAUAUCUGGAAUAAGCAAUGUAUUACCUUCACACAACAACAUGUUUCCCUCUACAUCAGUUAGUAGUGCCCCUUUGAAGAGCCAGGCAGGUUUGUUGGGUAUGCCCUUAAACCAGAUAUUAAAUCAGCACAAUGCUGCCUCUUUUCCAGCCAGUAGCUUACUUUCAGCAGCAGCCAAAGCACAGCUAGCAAAUCAAAAUAAACUUGCUGGCAAUAACAAUAUUAGUACUUCUGGAACUGUUGUCAGUUGUGGCAACAAUGAAGGAAAUAGCACUUUAAACACCAUGUUCGCUCCUACCAAUGUACAUUUAUCAGCAGGGGAAGGGCAAAGUGGUCGUGCAGCUCUGAGAGAUAAGCUAAUGUCUCAGCAAAAAGACUUGUUAAGAAAGAGAAAACAACCAACUACAACAGUGUUGAGUUUGCCUCGACAGUCACAAGCAGAUAGUACUGUAAUUCCUAAAUCUGGACCAGAUUUGAUGCGAAAACAAGAGCAAAGUUCUUUUUCCACAAAUUCUAUGUCACAACUACUCCAAACUAUGAGUUGUCAGAGCACUCAUAUGAGCAGCAAUAGUGCUACUGGGCCUGAGAGCUCAAAUAUAGUAUUAACUACAAAUCAGCCUCAUUUUCCAGAUAAAGGAUUGAAUUCCAGACACCUUCAUAAUUCAUUAACACACAAUUUACCUUUCCGCGGGGAAGGUGUUUCUUGCCAGAAUCCAAACACAAAUUUUGUUCAUGGUGGCUGUCCAGUUUCAAAUAAACAUCUUACAAUAAUCAAUCAAAUGCAAAAUGGUGGGAACUAUGGGAUGCUGAACCAUCCUGGAAUUGCUUUAGGUAAUUCUUUACAUCUGAAUGCAUCUCAAAACAGAAUACAGACAUCAACUAUGCCAAUGAUACCAAACAACAUUGUUAACAACUGUAAUCAAACAAGUUCUGAUGCAGGUUCUGUUCCUGUUUCAUCUGUAUCUAUUGCUGGAGUGGGUCAGCCGGCUAUUACAAAGACUACAUCUGUCCUUCAAGAUGGUUUAAUUGUCACUUCUGCAUCUGGAAGUUCAUUGCAAAAUCAGCUUUCUUUGAGUGGAGCUUUUGCUUUUGCUGAACCUGAGCACCCAGCUCAUUUUACAUCAAACUCUUCAAACAAUCUUCCACACCCUGUAAAUUCAGCACUUUUGAGUUCUUUACCUAUGUCUUUGCCAAUGAAUCAACAGCAUCUCCUAAAUCAGAACAUCCUGCAUAUGCUACAGCCUUCACCUGGAGAAGGUGAUAUGUCUUCAGUGGGAAGUACCUUGAAUAACCAUCAACUAUCUCAUCUUCAUUCGUUACUAAGCAACGCUCAGAUGUUCCCUGCAAACUCGCAACAGCAACUUAUUCAAGGGUGCCAGAAUCAACAUGUAUUACAAGGGCAUGCUCCUGGGCCGACUAAUACUAUAAAUCCAAUGGCCUGUUUGUUCCAAAACUUUCAGGUGAGAACACAAGAAGAUUUGAAUUUAUCAAACAAAGAGAUAAGCACUCAAAUGGGCGCUUCUUCUGUAGCGGAGAAUCACAAGAAUACAUUUCCUUCAUUUCGUGAUAACCCCUGUAACAUGCAGCAGAGAACUGAACAGUUUCAAAGGCAACAAACAAAAGAAAAUUUAAGAGAUGGGGAUAACUCGGUAGAUGCAAUUUACAAAGCUGUUGUGGAUGCUGCAAGUAAAGGAAUGCAAGUAGUAAUUACAACUGCACCUGGCAGUACAACACAGAUGAGCCCCAUUCCAGCUCUAAGUGCUAUGAGUGCCUUCACUGCAUCAAUUGGUGAUCCUUUGAAUCUGUCUAGUGCAGUCAGUGCAGUUAUCCAUGGAAGAAAUCAUGAGAACUCUGACCAUGAUGUUGGAACUAGAAACAGAGGAAAUCGAAUAAGAAAAAACCUGGAUCAAGGUAAACAUUUGAAUGAAGGGAAUGGUUGCGAUUAUUACAAAUCAUCUGGAUGCAAUGGUCCUAAAAAACAAUGGAAUGGAGGUCAAAGUCCUGGUGAAUCUAAUAGGUGGAAAUUUGAGGAGUUUUUGGAACAUAGUGCUCAGAUCCACAACAAUCCUUGUCAAGCAAGGCAUAACACAUCUUUAUUGCACUCCUUUGAAGAAGAACAAUGCCAGAUUUUGAUACCACCAAGAAACUGUCAUAAUGAUAAAAUUGUAGAUGAUCAUUUUAGAUAUAACCAUUUCAAAAGAACUAUGCUUAGUUUUAAAGAGAGGCUGGAGAACACUGUAGAAAGAUGUGCACAUAUAAAUGGAAAUCGACCGCAGCAGCAUAGAGGUUUUGGUGAUUUGCUAAGCAUUCCUAAGCAUGAACCACCCAUGGAAGAGCAAUCUCCAAGCUCUUCGAAUAGCUUUGAAAGCUCUUUAGCAAGAGACUAUAUCCAUUACAAUGGAGAGUUUCAUGCCAAAUGCAUAAAUGGAUGUGCCCCUAGUCCUUCAGACACUAAAAGCAUCAGUAGUGAGGAUGAUCUUAGAAUACCAGAUUCCCCUUCUUCAAAUGAGUUAAUACAUUAUAGACCAAGGACGUUUAAUAUGGGUGACUUGGUCUGGGGCCAAAUCAAGGGACUUGCUUCUUGGCCUGGAAAAUUAAUGAGGGAAGACAUGCACCACUCAUAUAAUCAACAUUCGGAGGAUGGGAAGGUCGAGUCUGAUAAGCUGAAGACACUGACGGAAGGCUUGGAAGCUUAUAGUCGAGCCCAGAAAAGGAACAGAAAAAGUGGAACACUAAACAACCAUUUAGAAGCUGCUAUACAGGAGGCAAUGAGUGAACUGGACAAAAUAUCUGGGAGUGUGCAUCAAAUUCCACAGAGGGAUAGACAUUUGAAGCCUCCAAAGCCAAAACGGAGAAAGAUCUCUAGAUAACAUUGAAUGUCUUUAAUUAUGAUUGAGAUCAUGCACAUAUAUUUGUAUAUUGGUAUUAAUAUAUGUAUAUCAAUAUUUCUAUGAUGAUUGAUAGAUACUGCCACCUGCUGUAUAGUGAAACAGUGGUACAUAUUUUUGCAAUGAGGCACAUGGGCUUAUAGCCAUCAUUGUCUUUAAAAAGAAAACCUAAAAUUGUGUGAUUGAAUGAAGAUGCUUUUUUUAUGAUACUACAGUUGUCAUUAUGAAAAUAGUGCAAAUUUGUCAGAUACAUUUUCAAUGUGUACAUAGAAAAUCUAGAAUUUCAUGGUGAUACAUGAAUUGUAAAUAUUGUAUAAAAUUGUCAUGUAAAAGCGUAUUUUAAUGCACACUUUAUCUUUUACUGUACAGUAAUGUACAAAAAUUAUUUGGGUUUCUAUCAAGUGCACAUUUUAAAGGUUACCAUUGUAUAGUGAUAAUAGUGAUACAGCCUAAAUACUUUUAUAUGAUCAUGUAAGCAAUGCUGUUUUUGUAACUGACAGCAGAAGUCAGGCAUGAUUAUGUAAUAACCUUAACUAUAACACUCACUCCAUGCUUGUGUCCAUUUCUAACAGUUCGGAAUGAACCGUGCCUGGAAGCACUCUAUUUUGUUUCAGGUCCCUGUAGGAAAGUGAAAUCUUGCAAAAUCCUAAGGGAAAUGUGAUUGCAUGAUAACUGCUUAUAUUACAAACUGCAAUAAUUACUUUUAUAUAUUUUCUUUUAACCUAUUUAUCCCUUUAUGAGCACAUGCAACCACUGCUUUCUGCUCUUAAAGGAAUGUAGGAACCUUUGGUUUUGUACUUUUGUUUUAUAUGCCAGAAUCCAAUACAAAAUAUCAUAUUUUAAAGCUCAUCACAAAGGCAAACUAAUACCAAUGUUGUGAUGUGAAAGACAAGACCACAGACCCGAAGUUUCACUGGUCUGGUGCAUUGUACUUUCCACAUUGUAAUUGCUGGUGUUCCCAUUCCUGACAUUGUAAUUGUACUUGUUUGGUGCCUGGUUAACUUCCAACAGUUUAGAUAUUCUGUUUCUUGUUUUAUUUAUUCAUACAUAUGAUGUGCUAGAUACUCCUUCUUAAUGUUUUGGUUGUAAAGCCACCCAUAGAACUGAAGGGAUCACUUGCUAUAACCCGUAAUAACAACUAAAGUAAAUAAUUGUAGCUUAUAUAGCUAAUUUAAUCAUUGCUUCUAUAUUACACUAAUAGUUGUGUAAAACAGAGUAACAAGUUAUGUACUGUAUUGAUAUUCAAAUCUAAGUAAGCAUGUAUUUUCCAUUAUCAUCAUUUUAAAACCCAUUACUCAGUAUUAAUACACAAAACGCUGAGGUGGCUGGACUCACUACCAGGAGCUUAUUUUUUUUAUCAGUAUUAUGUAACAUAUCACAGAUUUUAUUUUAUUUAAAAAUAUAUUUAUACUGUUAACAGAUUAUAUAUUAAUGUGGCUGAAACAUGCAAGUUAUUUUAUUAACCAAAUUAUUUAUAUUACGAAAGUGAAAAUGUGAAACAAAAAAAAAACAAAAAACACUACAAAAUAAAAAGAAUACAGUACUGUAACAAGAAUUACAAACACUGACAUUUGUAAUAAAAUAUUAUUAUAUGUGUAUGUAUUUAUAUAUGUUGGUGUGUGCAGAGAAGCAAUAUGCACACACUAAUGUGUGUAUAUAUAUAUAUAUAUACAAAAUAGAAUUUGCUAUUUUCUUUUUCUUCGUCUAAUACCUGGUGGAUUACAACAAGCUACAGCAGCCUGAAGUCAAGAUUUCUCUCUUCUAUGAGUUAGGUUCAUUUAUUCUUACGUCAUGGCUGGGCAUCUUGACAUGGUCUCCUUAUGUGAAGCAAUCUGUUUAUUCAGUUAACUCACUUUGUGGAACAAGCAAAGUGCUUGUUAUUUUAGAUCCGUUAAUGUUAUAUUUUUAAUAGUCUGCAUUUCUGCUGGAAUUGUUUGCACAGAUGUUUAUUCAUAAAUAUGUAAGCGUGUGUCGUUAUUUUUGUUUGUUUUUUUAAAAAUGUUUCAUUGUUGUCUUUCCGAACUCUUCAUUUGUGGCGUUCAGCCAUUUUGUUGAUGUUUUAAUUAAAUUAAGUUUGUUCUUCCUCACCACAGCAUACUUUACAUCAGUAGUUUAUGUAAAGUAUUUGUGUGCAGAUUGGUUAUAAUAGUGUGAGGUGCUAGGAAUAGUUUCUCUCAGUCCAUACUUUUUUUUUCCUUCUGAGUUUUAAUGGUUUAUGUACACAGUCAAUGUAAAUAUUGUGAGCAUUACAGGUCAUGCAGUGUUGUGACAUUUUUAAAAAUGUUGCACCAACUUUACAAUUAAAAAAAUGGUCACAUACUUGAAAUUCUACCUGUAGAGCCAUUUAUUUCUGUGUUAAAGCUUUUAACAGGUAACUUUACAAACAGUGUUGCAAUAUUUUUAUUCAAUAAAUCUAUAUUUAUCUUUUCUAUGAAA